AUGGAGGAUUUCUAUGAGGACUACUUUGAGGAUGACUACGAGGAAGAGCCUCCCUGGAACACGACACCUGCUGGCUUUAACGGCCCCCAACAACGAGCCCCCGACUACCGUCGAGCUAACAGCUACCGAGCUAAUAAUAACUGGCAGGGUAACGGAGGCUGGAGAGGCAGAAACGGACGCCGAAUAAUAGUUAUAAUCGCCGCGGCCGAUCCAACAACAAUAACGGCGGAGCCCGCUGGCAAAGUGGCUCGCGAUCCCGUGGCAGGUCCGGGCAGAGAGGCCAGCAGCAGCCACGCCAACAGCAGCCACGCCAACGGAGCAACAACUACAACAAUCAAAGCUCACCAAGCUAAUUGCCGGUCGAUAAAACCGGCGGAUCCUACGACUGAGACAGAUGCUUUGAUUAGGGAAAAUGCAGAAAUAUGGCAAGAAUCCACUCUGUUAAUCCUACAAAGACACUAUGUUGAGUCUAUCAAAGUCAACUUACGAUCCUUGGUGCAGUUACAGCUAGAUGAUUGGCAAACAAACUUUGACAUAGCGGCAGCGUGGGCCAAGAGCCAUUUUAGACGCAGAUUGUCACAGGACACGCUCGAUACGGUGUAUGCUAAAAUCCUGGAGACCCUGCCAGCUCGCCCUGAGCCCGCUACACGACCUGCUACCCGAUUGCGUACACUCAACAUACCUGGAAUCCAGAAUGAAGUGGCGAAUCUACGGGGAGAAAGAGGCAGAGCCGCACAGCCGACUCGGACGAGGCUACAACAGAACUGGAAUGAAGUGAUUGUGGAGGAUCCAGAGGAAACUCCAGCUCCACAACAACUUCCCCAACGCGCCCCGAGGGUUUUUAACCACGUUGGGAGACCUGCUCAGACGUCGGGACCUGUGACAGUGACGGCAGAUGUGCACCGCGAUGCUGGAAACCAAGGACAUCGGAGGGAAACAGCAGGGCCGGAGGAACAAGGUGAGCUGGGGGGGCCCCCUCCUCGACCUUUGGCUCAGUCUUCUCCUGCUCCUCCCCCCACCACCACCUCCCCCCAUGCCUCUGAGGAUUCCACCUUCUCCUUUGUCCCUCCCACCCCGCCGCCUCACCAACCCGCCGCGGCACAAGCUGAGCCGCAACCUGACCUCGACACCGAUGGGUUAACUGAAGCUGACGUUCUGGGGAACAUGAGAGCUCGACUCGAGGUGCUACGCUCUACCACUGGUGAGGUGGUGGCCACUGAGAUUCCCGAUCCGGGCCCGGAGGCCCUUGACCCUCUCAGCAUCACGAUCUCAGAUGUUGAGACCCCACGUAGAGCUACUGUGCAGCCCUCUCGUGGACAGAUCAUCACAGAAGCAGCACAGACUUCUCUGUUGGACAGAGGCCUGACCUUUGUCCCGUCCAUCCAGAGGCAAACCAACAAAGAGGUGAGGGAUAUUCUUAGGGCUGAUUUACAGAGCUAUCAUAGACAUCUCAAGUUAGCUGUGUAUUACCAGGACAGAAGAGAUUCGAUACAGCUACCUUUUUUACCAAAGUCUAAUUGGUCUCCUGCCUUAGCCCAUCUUCCUUCAGAGGUUUCCCAUUUAAUCCAACUCGACAUGACUGCUCUCCAAAAUGACUAUAGAGUCGGUUGGACUAAAUCUAACUUGUCACGCUAUGAAUUAGAAGCUCUUGACCAACUUAGCUCUAAUAAUAAUCUGGUGAUUAAACCAGCGGACAAGGGAAGCGCUGUGGUCAUAUUGGACAGGGAGGAUUACCUCCAAGAGGGUUUUAGGCAGCUCAACAACACUUAUUAUUAUAAGAAACUAGAUGGACCCAUCUUUAAACAAACUAUUCCUAUGGUUGACAAGAUUGUGAACACUUUACAUGCCAAAAAGUUCAUUAACACCAAGCAGAAGAAUUUCCUCCUGAGCGAUAAGGAGCCCAGAGCUCAAGAUUUUACCUCCUCCCAAAAAUCCAUAAAGCAGGCCUUGAAGAUUCCGGCCUCGGCCUUCCUUUUCUCGAUGGAUGUUGAGGCGCUGUAUACCAACAUCAGCACUCCAGACGGCUUGGCGGCGGUUAAAGAAACCUUCCAAAACAUCCAAAUGUUAAAAGGCCCGAUAAAGAGCUCCUUCAGCUGCUCGAGCUCAGCUUAA